AUGCGGUCGGCGAGGGCGUCUGGAGAGAUGAAGAGCCUCGCUGCUGUCUACGAAGAUAAGGAAAAUUGUGUGAGAGGAGAGGCCGUGACAAUCUGUGUCUGUAUCUGUUGGAGUAUGGACCCUCGUUGCCAUCAGCUUGGAGCGUUAUUUUGCCAUCUGCCGACCUCUCAAGUCUCGACGCUGGCAAACGCAGUUCCACGCUUACAAAAUGAUCGCCUUUGUGUGGAUUGGCAGCUUGCUCUGGAACAUGCCGAUCCUGGUCGUGUCACGCUUGAAGGCUAUGAGAGAGAAAGGUAA